AUGAAUAGUUUACAACUGAAGUUAGAUUUGCUUUGGAAUAAAAAAAAAUCUCCAACUCCAAGUAAUUCUUUUACAUGUUCAAAAGAAAAUGACGUGGAGAUAUUAUCAUUACCACUCAAUUCUCCAUCAUUAACUACUGCUGAACCUCAAGCAACACCAUCACCAUGUAAAAAUGAUUUGGUAUUGAAUAAUGAACAUUUAGUUGGUAAUGAACAUUUAGUUGGUAAUGAACAUUUAGUUGGUAGUGAACGUUUAGUUGGUAAUGAACAUUUAGUUGGUAAUGAACGUUUAGUUGGUAAUGAACAUUUAGUUGGUAAUGAAGUUGAAGUUGAAAAUGAACAUUUAGUUGGUAAUAAAGUUGAAAAUGAACAUUUAGUUGGUAAUGAAGUUGAAAAUGAACAUUUAGCUGGCAAUGAAGAUCAAAAUCAAGCUAUUAAUGAACAAUCAUCCAAUAAAUCAUCAAAUCAUAAUCGUGAUCAAAAUAAAGCUUCAUCAAUUAUUGUUAAAGAAUGUGUUAAUAAGAAAGCAAAAUCUUUUCGUUCAAAUCAUCGUAUUCAAUAUAAAUCUUCUUGGGAAUCAUUAAUUGAUGCACAAUACAAGACAUAUGUUUUUGAUUCUUUUGGUGAUCGACAAGAAAAGUAUUUGUGCUGGUUGUAUUACAUGAACAACGCUAUACAUUGCAAGUUGUAUGAAAAAUUUAGCAAAAUAAGAAAUACAAAUGGUAAGAUAAUAUUAGAAGACUGUACAUCUAUUUCCAUAUUAAGUAUAGGUUUUCAGCAAUAUCUUUUACUUAUUUAAAUUUUUUGAGCGAAAACUUCUUGAAUUUGACAAUAUAAGAUUUGUUUAUUCAGGAAAAGACAAUGUUUGGUGUGGAGCAGGAAUGACGACGAUUUCAUUAGACAAGAUUAAAUUUCACAAGGAAAAGAGUGAGGUACAUAAGCAAGCUGAGGAACAAGAACUCGUUGUUUCGUCAAAAGCUCAACCUGAUUGGAGUAAAACCCGACAACAACAGUUCAGCAAACACCAACAAUGUGUUCAUAAUUUAAUGUUAUCUUGUAUUUAUUUAUGCCAAAACGAUAUUCCUCUCAACAAUAUUGAAUCUUUAUGUUCUUUACUUGAAAAACUACAGGUGAACAUGUUGCCUGCUGAGGUUGCAGGAGUAAGUUAUCGAAAUGAUACAGCAGCGCUGUGCUUCGUAGAAUAUAUUGCUGCCUAUUUACAUCAAGAAUUACUUAAUAAACUGAAAAUCAGUCCAUCUAUUGGUAUGGUACCUUGAAAAGCUACUGAUUAACACUAAUCUUCGUAUUUCAUAUUGGCAUGGAUUUAAGUGAUCAGUAAAAUAGAUAAUAUGAUCAGUAGGAAAAAAUAUUAUAAAAUCAGUUGAUUGAAUGAAUGAUCAGUUAUAUAUUGAAGUACCAGUAAACUAUAUAUAU